AUGUGGAAGCUCGCCGCUGCCGCAACACUCCUCGCAGAGGCCAAUGCGGCUUUCUCAACUGUUGUCCAAACAAACUAUGGAUCUGUUCAGGGCUAUCCGGCUUUCAACAGCACUCCGGUCAACAUGUCGCUCACCAAUUGGGCCGAUAUCACCGUCUGGAAAGGCAUCCCCUUCGCAGCAACCACCGCCGGCGAAAACCGCUUCAAGCCUCCUCAGCCCGUGACCCCCUGGAACACGACCCUCGACGCCAAAGACUUUGGCAACGCCUGUCCCUCUGCACUGGGCACCGGCGAAACCGAGUACUCCAUCGGUGAGGACUGCCUGAGCCUCAACGUCUGGAGCGCGGCGAACUCGUCAGACGCCAAGUUGCCCGUCGUGAUGUGGAGCUACCCGGCCGGAUCUAGCUCUGCGUUCCCCCUUUUCGACGGAGCCGGCACGGCUGAUAAGGGCGUGGUGUUCGUCAACUACAACUACCGCACUGGUUCCUUCGGGUGGCUUGCUACCCCUGAGCUCAACGAGGAGAGGCUUGCGAGUGCUGGGUCCAACAGCUCUGGCAAUUGGGGAAUGCUCGACCAGUUCGCAGCGCUUACUUGGAUUCAUGAGAACAUUGCCCAAUUUGGAGGCGACCCGGAUCACAUCACGGUCAUGGGCCAAUCUGCCGGGUCCGCGGCCACGUACCAUAUCCUGAACAGCCCGCUCCACAACAUCACCAUCCACGGCGCCAUCAUCCAGAGCGGUGUUCGGGACCCUCACGACCCUUUGGCCACGAGCCUUGCGGAGAACUACAGAACUUUGGAUGUGAACAUGGACACUGCGGCGAGGUUCAUGGCGUCGUUGAAAUGCUCUGACAUUGCCUGCAUGCGCGCGUUGCCGAUGGACGACCUGGUCACCGAGUUCUUGUCGUCUGAAUUCGACUUCACCGCCACGCUCGAUUACUACGCCAUGCCCGACACCUACCUCAACACCCUGGAGAAGGGCAUCGCACAGGACGUCCCCGUCAUGACCGGCAACACCAAAGACGAGAGCGGCGCUUCGUACGGGCUCAACAUCACCCUCGCGACGUACCUCUCCGACCUCAACGAGACCUACGGCACCUGGCAACAGGAGUUCCUCGCAGCAUACCCCGCCAACGAUUCCGCGACAGCCUCCGCGGCCUACAAUGCGCAGUUCACCGACCGGUCAAAGGUUGGCACCUACUUCUGGUCCCAGCUCUGGGCCAAGAACGCCACCUCCUCGGUGUACAACUACAUCUGGGACCAUGCGCCGCCUGGACAGACCCAGGGGGCGUACCACGAGAGCGAGAUCAACUACGCGAUGAACAACCUGUACGGAACGGAUCUUCCGUGGACGAGCGAGGAUUACGCGAUUGCUGAGACGAUGAACGCGUACUGGGUUGCCUUCAUCAAGAACGGAAAUCCCAACGCGGAGGGGCUUGCGGACUGGGCACCAGCAACGGAUGCCAAUGCUACUGUGAUGGAGCUGGGUGAGGGAUUCCAGGUUCUGCCGAUUGCAAAGGAGAGCCAGAUUGACCUGUUCUCACGGUGGUUUGACUCAUUGGUAGCUUAUUAA